AUGGACAACGUCAGCAAUGGUCUCGGCUUUGGGCAAGAUCCCAAGGCUACUGUCAUGAACCAAGUCAGGCAAGAGGCAGCCAUGACCAAUGCCCGGCAAUUGAUCGAGAAAGUGAAUGAGCACUGUUUUGAGAAGUGCGUACCAAAACCUGGAGCUUCAUUAUCCAGUGGCGAGGGCGCUUGUGUGACACAGUGUAUGGAUAAAUAUAUGGCGGUUUGGAAUACGGUCAGCAGGCAAUACAUCAACAGGAUACAGCAAGAGAAUGCGAAGAAUGGAGCUAGUGGAGGCAUCUUCUAA